CAAGACGAGAGAGAGAAAGACACAAAAAGUGACCAAAAAAAUGGCAGCGGAAAGCGAGGCAUUAGCCCAAGAUCAGUUCAGCUGUGCUAUCUGUUUGGAUCUGCAAGAGGAUCCUGUAGGCAUUCCCUGUGGACACAGUUUCUGUAUGGAUUGUAUCUCGGGCUGCUGGGAUCAAGAGGAUCCAAAGGGAGUCUACAGCUGCCCACAGUGCAGACAGACGUUUACUCCAAGGCCAGUUCUGAGCACAAACACAAUUCUGGCUGAACUGCUGGAGAAGCUGAAGCUUCUGGGACUCCAGUCUGCUGCCGCCGCUGCUGUUGCACACUUCUACGCUGAGCCUGGAGAAGCGGAGUGUGACGUCUGCUGCAGGAGAAAGCGCAAGGCCGUCAAGUCCUGUCUUGUCUGCCUCACCUCCUACUGCGAAACUCACUUCAGGGCGCACGACAGUCUAUUCCCAGGCGAGAAGCACAGAGUGGUGGAUGCAUCUGUUAAUCCCGAGGAGCUGCUGUGCUGUCUGCAUAAUGAACCCCUGGAUGUCCUGUGUCGCACUGACCAGACGUGCGUAUGCAUGCAGUGUGCCGUGGAGGAGCACGGCGGACAUGACACCGUCUCCGUUGCAGCAGAGAAGGCUGAGAAACAGAGAAAGUCAGGAAAGACUCAGAGAGAACCUCAUGAGAUCAUCAAGGAUAAAGAGAAAUGCCUUCAAGACCUGAGACAGGCUGUGCAAACUCUUCAGAGUUCUGCCGAUGCAGCAGUGGAGAGCAGUGAGAAGACUUUCGAUGAGAUGAUCCGCUCCAUUGAGAAAAGACGCUCCCAGGUGACAAAGGUGAUCCGAGAUCAGGAGAGGGCGGAUGUGAGUCGAGCUGAGGAACUCAUGGAGACACUGGAGCUGGAGAUCGCUGAGCUGAAGAGCAGAGUUGCUGAGCUGGAGCAGUUUUCACAAGACAUCAAAUUUUUCAAGAGCCCCCAGUCUAUGUUCGCCUCCACCAGAUCGGACAAGGCAUCUGAAUAUUCAAUGCAUUCAGAGGAGCUUUUCGAGAAGCUGAGUGACAGCCUCACUUUCCUCAAAGAGAAGCUGCAGGACGUGCUUUACCAGGGACUACAGGACAUUACUUGUAAUGGUGAAGAGAUGAGCACCUUUGCACCUUCAGGGCCUACAACUAGAGAGGAGUUCCUGGAAUACUACUGCCACCUGACGUUGGACCCCAACACGGCCUAUAUUCGUCUGAAGCUGUCGGAGGAAAACCGAGUCGUAGAUUACGUCAAUGGAAGUCAAAAAUAUCCCGAUCACCCAGACCGAUUUGGUUACGUCCAGCAGGUGAUGUGUUCGGAGGCUACGUCCGCCAGGUGCUACUGGGAGUUGGAGUGGACUGGAGACGUGCACAUAGCUGUUUCAUACAAGGGCCUGAAGAGGAAAGGCAUCAAUAACGACGUGUACCUCGGCUACAACGCAAACUCCUGGUCAUUGUUCUGCUCUCCGUCGAGGUCCGUUUUCCACCAUCACAAUGACCAAAUUAAACUCCCUCUCGUGCCCACCUCCUCUAGAAUAGGAGUGUAUGUGGAUCACAGGGCAGGAACUCUGAGCUUCUACACGGUCUCUGACACAAUGACUCUGGUGCACAAAGUCGAGACCACAUUCACUGAGCCGCUGUAUCCUGCCUUUCGGCUCUUUGAUUAUGGCAACCAAAUCAAGUUGUGUCAGUAACGACAGACAGAAUUGCACGUCUAUUGUACAUAAUGGGCGUCCGCUUUUGUGAAACUGUUCAGCCAUUGUACAAUAAUUUUGAUGCUACGUAUAUCUAUAUACAACGUAAUGACAUAAAGACCACAGAAGAGCACCUAUUAAAAAAGGAUGCUUUUACCUAGUCAACUCUUGAUGUAACAUUGGUUGCAGUGAUAUACUGUAGUCAUAUGAACAGAGAAACUAUUAAUGGAAAAUCUAGCAAUUUGCAUGGACAAAAAAAAUGCAAUUGCAAAAUAUUCUUCUGUCCAAAAGGGGGGAUUGUAAAAUGCUGAAGUAAUGGGCUGCAUGUGAAACAGUUUUUCAAUAUUUUUAUAGUCAUAAGAUAUUUUGAAUAAUUCAAUUCCAGGGCCUAUCUCUAUGCCAGACCCUCCAGUGUCAGUACAGUAGCACCUUUUCAGUCAUCGGUACCCAGUGAUGUUGUCUGUACUAGAACCAGUUGGUGUCAUUUUUCAUCUUCUUUCUUUCUUUUCCCUUUGGUUUAAAAUAUGUUGAAAUGAAAGUGCUGCUUCAAAAACUCUACCAGAGAUCAAGUUGUACCAGAGAUACCAGAGAUAGCCGAUGUAAUAAUUUUCCCAAACUUUGUCAUACCACUGUAUUUUUCUUC